AGUUCCUGGUGAAUUCUGUAGAGAAAUUGCUAGAAGUAGAGGUCAAAGCUAUUUUGAGGCUCACCACACAUGCUGCCAAGUAGCUUUCCAGUAAUGUGUACUGAUUUCACCCCCUUCCAGCUGCAGCGAAGAGCCUAUGAUUGGCAAGUGCCACACACUAUGCCUGGGGGAGGGUUUCUUGUUCAUCCAAAGCCUCCAGGCAGUCGUGACAAUGAAUCCCUUGUCCUGCCCAGCCCAUCCCCUCUCCCCACGCUGGCCUCCAUUCCUGGUUCUAGGCUGGGUUGUGUGAGGUCUCUGUUCAGAUCUGUCCUGCCGUUUGACACUCUCAGCUAUAUCUCAGAGCAAGACUGGAAGAGCUGAAGGGCGAGCCCUGAAGCCCCUCAUGAAUCCCCGAAAGAAAGUGGACUUGAAACUUAUCAUUGUUGGUGCACUUGGCGUGGGAAAGACCUCUCUUCUUCACCAAUAUGUACACAAAACAUUUUUCGAGGAAUACCAGACCACACUGGGGGCCAGCAUCCUCUCCAAAAUCAUCAUAUUGGAUGACACAACUUUGAAGCUGCAGAUCUGGGACACAGGUGGUCAGGAGCGGUUCCGCUCAAUGGUAUCAACAUUCUACAAAGGUUCCGAUGGCUGUAUCCUGGCAUUUGAUGUUACUGAUCCAGAGUCCUUUGAAGCCCUGGAUAUCUGGAGGGAUGAUGUCCUGGCAAAGAUUAUCCCUAUGGAGCAGUCAUAUCCCAUGGUGGUGCUGGGGAACAAAAUCGAUCUGGAAGAUAGGAAGGUGUCCCAGGAGGUGGUCCAUGGGUGGUGUAAAGAGAAGGAUAUGCCAUAUUUUGAAGUUAGUGCGAAGAAUGACAUCAAUGUGGUACAAGCCUUUGAGGUUCUGGCCAGCCGGGCUCUGUUGAGGUACCAGGGCACCGCAGAGAACCACCUCAUAGACUCCAUCAAGCUCUCUCCAGGCCAGCCAAAGAGCAGAUGCUGCUGAUCUCGGCCUCCCUCCGGACUCCCGAUGACAGCUGUGCAGCCAUUCCAAGUGCAAUCCCACCAGCCGGUACUCAGCUAGGAGGCUGGGGCACUGCAGCAGGAAAGAAUGUCACAGGCAAAUCCUGGCCCCAGAGAAAUCACGGGCGUCUCCAUGACUCAAGCUCCUCUUUCUCCUCUGCCUCAACACCGUCCUGCUCAUCUCUGCAGACAAACUGCUCCCUUCAGCACCACGGACCGACAGGUUUGGAUGGAGAUGCAGGUCUGAUUCCCUCAGCAGUCAGAACAUGGACCGCUCCUGACAGGCAGAAGCCUACAGGCCUGAGACUUCCCACAGCUUCUUUCAGGGAGAGCUGAGGGAGCAAGAUAAAAACAGUUGUACCUAUUUCCUGGGUGCUCAAACAGCUCCCAUAACUGACCAGGCCUCAGUGCGCCCUCUGCCAAAUGAGAGUUCCCAAGGCUUCCCCAUAUCCUAGGGCGACUGAGAACCAUAAUCUUCAUUUAAAUCCCACGUGCUGGUGUGGACACACAGGCUCACUCCUUUGGAGAGUAUUUUUGAUGCCUUCGAUGUACAUUGCACUGAAGUCACCAGACACACAAAGCAGACAUGAGUCCUUCACUCCCAGAAGCGCACCUGGAGAGAGAGGGCCAGCAGACAUGAGCAAGACAGACAACAGCAACAAGGUACUGUUUUAGACAAAGGGGCCAAGAGGGCUUUCCUGUGACGGUGACCGUUGGGCUGGCAGCUGCAGGAAGAGCUACAGGAAGAACAUGCCAGGAGAGGGAGCAGCUAGGCCAAGGCUCUGAGGCAAUGGGCAGAGUGCUGCAUUCCAUUCCCUGAGGACUCAAAGCUGCUAUCUCAGAGAAAAAAAGGCCAGGGAUAUCCUGUCCCCAGAAGGUACUUUGAUCAUUUGAUGACUGGCCACUAGGGGGCAGAAGUGUCCUCUGCUUUUAGGCUGAGGAGUUCUGGGAACACUUGAAAAGCUGGUGUUUGUGUCAAGAAAAUGGCUGAAGCUUGUUUCCAGGCUGUAGGAAUGUUGAACCUGGGCUAGUUGGGUAAAAAAAAAAAAAAAAAAAAAAAAUCAAAUGUCUUGAUUCAGGCAACAAAUCGAAAUCAGAGACAGAUCCCAGAGCGAGGUACUUGGAGAGCUGUGGAUUCUGUGUCCUGUUCAUUUCAAAGCUAGAACCUAUUUUUUUUUCCUUCUGUCUUCACACUGCACAGAUAGGGUGGCUCAUUCUGAAGGAGGUGGACAGAACGAACUUUCAGGGUCUUCAAUGGUCAGGUUCAUACCUCAUGCCUUCCACAGACAUUCCUGUCUCCACAGAAGUCUUCUUUCCUGAGUUCCAAGCAGAUCCGAGGUGUCAAUCUCUAGGAAGCCAGUCAGGGGGUAAUAACUGGGGGUCUGGGGGCUCUGUCUGCACCCGCCUAGCUCUGAGGUAUAAAGCAACUUACUAAGGACAGCAGUCACAGGAACAAUGAGCCCUGCAUCCUUCAGAGAUGAACACUGUGCCCCCGUCACACAUUGGUGUGGCUCUCCUGAAGUCAGACUGUGGAGGGAUGUGUGUGGGGAGGUGUGCAUUCGGCAGCACGAUGAACAUAAGGACCAUAUCUAAGGGUACGCAGCAAAUAGUAUGUGUUUCCAUUGUUUAUAUCCUUUAUGGGACAAUAGUCCCUCUUGGUCAGUGAUACCAGUCUCAGUUACCCAUGGUCAACUGUGGACCAAAAAUAUUAAAUAGCAAAUCCCAGAAAUAAAUAACUUACAACUUUCAAUGCACGUGUCAUUUGAAGGAGUGUGGUGAACCGCUGCGCCAUCCUACCCAGGUCAGUUGCCUUUGCUCUAUUCUGUGCAUCUAAUCCAGCAGUUACUUUGUAGCUGUCUCAGAUGUAUCAACUGCCAUCAUUCCAAAUGCCUCUAUUAAUAGUAACCAAAGUUACGCCACAAUACCCAUGUCACUAUCUCAUCACUGAGAUACGCCAUCAUCUCAUGUUGUCACAUGAGGAUAAGGUCGGGAACAGUACAGUAUCUUUAGAAUAUGCAUUUAUAGCCUUUUAUUACUUGUACAGACUCAUGGUCAUUUAAUUUAUUGUCAAUUAUUGUCCAUCUCUUGCUGUACCUAAUUUAUUCAUUAUACUCUGUCAUACGCUUGUGUGACUAGGAGGAAACAUAGCACCUGGGGGCGGGAUUAGUACUAUGUAACUUUAGAUAUCUAUGGGGGAGGGGGAUGUCCAGGAGUUUCUUUGGACGAGAAGAGACUAUGGUGUUUGCUUUUUAAUUUUUUAAAAAAAAAAAUCUAUGUCAGCAUAAUUGGCAUGUCAACGAUGUUAAAGUGUAGGCAGUAAAAGCCACAUCAUUUCAUUUCCAGGGCCCCGUAAAAAAGUGAGAUUGUUCAAAAAUUAAGACUUCAAGACAGCAAUAACAGCAUCCGACAUUGGAGGUGAACCCUCCUGAGGACUCACCUCCCCGUGACGUGGUCCUGAGAAAGCAGUGAGCUUUCAGCUCAAACAACAGAGCUCUGGCCCGACCCUGCUGGACACACUGUAGCCUGAAGGGAAGGCUCUGCCACAGCCUUAAAGCACAUGACAUAGAUUCUGUGUCCUCUUUAGAGUCAUAGCACAGACUAAAUAUUCCAAAUGGAAGCAGGGACCUGUGGGCCUGGAGACUCACAGAUAUCCUAUUACAACUGGGAGAUGUGCUGACCAAUCCCCAGGGCAGAGUGAGCUGAGCUGACAACCAGACCCACAGUAAGGGUCCCUGCGAGCCACUGUAGCCCAACCAUGAGUCACCCUGAGUUGGAGACUGGCCCUUAGCAUCCAUGCCAGCAGGCACAGGAACUUCACCCCACCACAGCGACAUCUAAGUUGGGCGCGGUGGCAACAUAUCCCAGGCCCUCUUCAUAGUCAUCCCUUCAAGAAAAAGACCCCAGUCAACAGGAUUCUAUUGAUCGGGCUCACCACAGCCUCGCUCAAGUGGAGCACCCUUGGCUGCUGGUCAACGGAGAACUCAGAUCAGGACUCCCCGCAGCAUGUAUCCUUGGGGCUCGGGAAAAGAACAAAGCCAAAUCUUAUCACCAAACAAAGCAGGCUUGGACGUUAGGCCCUGCCCUCAGGGACUUGGGAAAAUGCCCAUUUCUGCUGCCGUUUGCUCCCACAUAACAGAGCUUUUCUACUGCUGCCUGGUGGUUGGGCUGUCUAUCCCUCGGCCACAGACAGCUUCUCAGGCUCUGCUUGCAGUCCCACACCGGCCUCUGGCACCCAAGAGCAGCCUUGUGUGCACUCUCUCUGUGCACAUCACAGUGACCAACAGCAGCAGCUCGACUGGGACAGGAGAGCCACAGAUGAGGACUUCUGUGGCUUUCACUUACCCUCGUCUCCCUCCCCCUGCUCCAGAGCAGUGCUGGGGAGCUGUUGGUUAGACACAGGUAGCUCUGGGAUGAGUAGCGCCCACUACUGUUCGCUAUGCUUCCUCUCCAUGAAGACAGGGCCUGCUCUAGUUUUUGUUUUGAGAGAAGGGGUGCUUUUUGUUGUUUUUUAUGGGGAGGGGGCUGAUAGGUUUGUCUUUUGUUGUAGUUAUUGAUGCGCAGCCUUGAACUUGGUAUUCUUCGGCCUCAGGCUCCCAGUUGCUAGGGUGGGCGUGUUUUGAUUCACCGCACUCAGCUUUACAGACUGGCGGACAGUAGGGGAUGGAUGAGUUUUAGUGGACUACUGCCCAUCUAUUCUUUAAAUAAAUACAUAAAUGGAUUUUA